GUCAAUUUUCUGACACAUCAUUUUCAUCUUUAAUCUCCAAUCAUGUUCAAGUAAUUUAAUUAGUACUUCAAAUUUAUUAUCCUCUCAUUUUUUUUUCUUAACAUUUCUUUUACAAAUUAGAAAUGGCAUCAUCAUUAACAAAAUCUAGAGCUUUAAUUUACAAAUUAAGAUCAAAAUUAAUCCCAAUUAAUGUGUUCCAUUACCAUAGUUACUCGAACUCUACAAGAAAUAUUCUUGUUAAUACAAAUUUUGCAUCACAAAUUGUCAAAAACCCAAUUGUAUUUUCAUGUAAAUUGAAAAAUAUUUUCAUUUCUCAGUAUUUUCAAUCUACCAUAGCCCAGAAACAUUUGGAUUGUUAUGAUGAACAGGGAAAGCAAAAUUCUUCUUAUGAUGAUGAUGACAAGGCCUUGGAUUUUCCUGGUGGUAAGGUUCGAAUCACCUCUGAAUUGAAUUUCAUUUCUGAAACUAAUGGCAACAGGGUUGAAUGCUAUAGGGUCCUUGGUGAUGAUGGUCGGCUUUUGAAUAGUUCCGUGCAGGUCAGCGAGGAACUUGCGGUCAACAUGUACGAAAAUAUGGUCACUCUACAAGUAAUGGAUACCAUAUUUUACGAAGCUCAAAGACAAGGAAGAAUUUCAUUCUAUGUCACUACCAAUGGAGAAGAAGCUAUCAAUAUUGCCUCGGCAGCUGCUCUCACUUCAGACGAUCUUAUUUUCCCGCAGUAUAGGGAGCCAGGUCUUUUACUAUGGCGAGGUUUCACCUUACAAGAAUUUGCGAACCAAUGCUUUGGGAACAAAGCGGAUCAUGGAAAGGGCCGGCAGAUGCCCAUACACUAUGGUUCAAAUAAGCUCAAUUACAUUACCGUAGCCUCUACUGUCGCUACACAACUACUCCAUGCAGUUGGAGCUGCAUAUUCUUUGAAAAUGGACAACAAAAAUGCAUGCACAAUCACUUACUUUGGAGAUGGCGGCACCAGUACUGGAGAUUUCCACGGUGCUUUAAACUUUGCAGCGGUUCUAGACGCUCCGGUCAUAUUUUUCUGCCGCAACAACGGCUGGGCUAUUAGCACCCCGGUUUCUGAUCAGUUAAGAAGUGAUGGAGUUGUUGUCCGAGGGCAAGCAUAUGGCAUUCGAAGCAUCCGAGUUGAUGGCAAUGACACUCUUGCUAUUUACAAUGCAGUGCGUGAAGCUCGAAGGAUGGCCAUUAGCGAACAAAGGCCUAUAUUGAUCGAGGCACUAACAUACAGAGCGGGUCACCACUCUACUUCAGACGAUUCCACCAAAUAUCGACCAGCUGAAGAAAUUGAUCGGUGGAAAAAGGAGCGAGACCCAAUAUCCCGAUUCAGAAAAUGGAUCGACAACAACCGAUGGUGGAAUGAUCAAAGAGAUUCAGAGUUACGAACCAGUGUACGGAAACAGCUCCUGAACGCAAUUCAAGUAGCAGAAAAACUCGAGAAACCACCAGUAUCCGAGCUUUUUUCAGAUGUGUAUGACGUCCUACCGCCAAAUCUUGAGAAGCAAGAAAGAUUACUAAGGGAGACCAUUCAAAAACACCAGAAAGAUUAUCCAACUGAUGUUCCUGUAUAGUUGUUGGUUUCUUGUUUUUUCAGCAAAUCAAGUUAUGUGGUAGUGACUCCACAUUGCUUGUAUUUGCACCUUAAUAUCAAUGCAUAAGCAAGCCAUUUAAUAGAAGUAUUCACUAUUGAGCGAUAAAGUUGUCAUUGGAUUUAUAUACAACAACACCCGAAUAAGAGGAGAUUGAUUGCAACAAGCCCGAUGACUUCAAAUAUUAAAUGACGCAUAAUUUUCAGAUGACUUCAA